AUGGCUGACCGCCCGACGCUGCUGCGGCCGCCUCCCGAAGACCCCAAGAAAGCACCCAUCGAGACUGCCUUAGAUGUGACGGAGCUGGCCGUUCUGGGUCCUAACAUCUUCACCAAUACGCGCCAGCCAUGGCAUCCACCGGGAGCAAGGGGUAUCUACGGCGGCGCUGUAAUCGCCAUGUGCCUGGCCGCAGCGCAACGCACCGUCGCACCUGAUUUCCUCGUCCACUCCUGCCACUGCUACUUCCUCCUGGCCGGCUCGUCCGAGCUCCCCAUCCUCUUCCACGUCGAGCAGGUCCGCGACGGCCGCUCCUUCGCCACGCGCACCGUGCAAGCCCGCCAGCGCGGCCGCUGCAUCUUCACCACCACGAUCAGCUUCGUCCGUGAUUCAUCCUCCAACAGCGACGCCGUUGUCAGCCACACCAGCGAGCUCCCCCGCGGGGCAGACGGUAAACCCUUACAGCCGCCACCGGAUGACUACGCGGACGAGCCUGAGGUGAUGGCCGGGGGCCCGUUCCAGGGGACCAAGAUCCAGGUGGUCAACCGGGAGAGUGACAAGCCCGGCGAGAAGAAGACGCAGCAGUGGAUCCGCGCGCGGGGCAAGAUCACGGGCGGGUUGGCGGCGCAUCUGGAGGCGCUGGCGUACGUAUCAGACAGCUACUUCAUCGGAACCAUCACGCGGAUCCACAAGCUGUGGCGGUUCCCCUUCAAGGCCGAGGAGUUCGACCAGCUGCCGGGCGCGCUGCAGGACAAGGUGAGGACACUGCACCAGUGGGAGGGCAUGGGGAAGGACCCCAGGGAGAUGGUUGGGCGGCCGGUGAUUGGGAUGAUGGUUAGCCUGGACCACACCAUCUACUUCCACGAGCCGACAAAGGUGCACGCGGAUGAAUGGAUGCUCGCCGAAAUGGAGAGCCCCUGGGCGGGCGACGGGAGGGCUGUCGUGAUGCAAAAGAUCUUUAGCAAGGACGGCACGUUGCUGGCGACCUGCGUGCAAGAGGUAUGUAUUGCGCUCUUUCUGAUCAAAUACUUGGGGACCGUUUUGGCUGAGUGUAUCAUCAAGGGCCUCGUCCGUCUUCAGCAGCCCGCCCCAGAACGGAAGGACUCUAAGUUGUAG